AUGUUGAAAUGCCCUGCCUGUGCCCGCGACAACCUUACUGUUAUUGGCCUCAGUCAAUAUCUUGCAAAGAGCCAUAAUCCCCAUUGUCAUGCACUGUACCAUCAAUUGCAUACUCGUGUCAAUUUGGAAUUCAAACCUCAACCUCUCGAUGAACCUUGUGACAAGUCCGAGGGGCCUGAGGGGCCAUAUCAUAUGUACAAGGAAGAAAUGCAGGACUUCAAAGAUGAAGUCCUGCAAUCAUUCGGCAAUGAAGAACAGUUUGGGCCACAUGAUGAGCAUGACAGAAAUAGCAGUGACGAGGAAGAUGGUAGGGAGGAGAAUGAAUGGGAGCCAACAGUGCAGGAGGACGAGGGAUGGGCAGGGGUGGAAGUUGAUGAUCCUAUGGACGAUGAUGAUGGCAGUGUCGACCGCGAAAUGCACCACCAGAUUGAACAGCAAAUCGCAGAUCACGAUAGAGUCAUUGAGUCAUAUCCUGAUCAUCGAGCAGGACAGCCUAUUGCCCAAGCCAAAAUUCAAAAUGUGAAUGCUACAUAUGCUUCCAGUAUUGACAACGCAGAAAAUCCUUAUGCUCCGUUCUGCUCUCAAAUGGACUGGGAGGUUGCGCAAUGGGCGAAGUUAUGCGGCCCGAGCUCAACAGCAUUUUUGGACUUGCUUAGUAUUGAUGGUGUAAAGGGAGCUUAA